GCCUGUUCACUGCACAUCAGCAAAGGAACAGAGAGAAAAACAAAGGUUUCGUUUGGAUCAGAGCUCAACUUUUAUCUGCUGAGGGGAAGUCCAACUGUCAGACCUUCAUUGUCACUGAGAGCUGACAUGGCACAGCGAGGAACUCUGCUGGACUCUUUCAAAAUCUCCUGUCCGAUUUGUCAUGAUCUACUGAAGGAUCCAGUGACUCUUCCCUGUGGUCACAGCUACUGCAUGAGCUGUAUUCAAACCUGCUGGGAUGGAGAGGAUCAGAGGAGAAUCUACAGCUGCCCACAGUGCAGACAGACCUUCAUCCCAAGGCCUGUCCUGGUGAAAAACACCAUGUUAGCAGAGUUAGUGGAGGAGCUGAAGAAGACGGGACCUGGAGAUGUGGCCUGUGAUGUCUGCACUGGGAGAAAGCUGAAAGCCCUCAAGUCCUGUCUGGUGUGUAAGGUCUCUUACUGUGAGCAGCACCUCCAGCCUCACUACAAUGUAGCUCCACUAAAGAAACACAAACUAGUGGAGCCCACUGUGACACUUAAGGAGGACCUCUGCUCUCGCCAUAAUGAGAUGAUGAAGAUCUUCUGCUGCACUGAUCAGCAGUGCAUCUGUUAUCUCUGCUCCAUGGAGAAACACAAAGACCACAAGACAGUCACAGCUGCAGCAGAAAGAACUGAGAGGCAGAACGGGCUCGGGGAGAGCCGCAAAAAAAUCCAGCAGAGAAUCCAGGACACAGAGAAAGACUUGAAGGUGCUUCAGGAGGAGGUGGAGGCCAUCAAUCGCUCUGCUGAUGGAGCAGUGGAGAACAGCGAGAAGAUCUUCAGCGAGCUGCUCUGUCUGCUUGAGAAAAGAAGGUCUGAUGUGAAGCAGCUGAUCAGAUCGCAGCAGGAAGCCGAAGUGAGUCGUGCCAAAGAACUGGAGGAGAAGCUGAAGCAGGAGAUCGCUGAGCUGAGGAGGAAAGAUGCUGAGCUGGAGCAGCUCUCACACACAGAGAAUCAUACACAUUUUCUGCACAGUUACCCCUCGCUGUCACAUCUCAGUGGACAGUGGACACAACUUCCCAGCACCGAUAUCCGUCCUCUGCGGCACUUUCAGGAUGUGACAGCAGCUUUGACAGAGUUCAGAAAUAAACUGCAGGGUGUUCUUAGUGAGGAAUGGACUAAGAUCUCACUGACAGCGACUGUACCAGAUGUCUUACUGCCACAACCUGAGCCCAAAACCAGAAAUGAGUUCUUACAAUAUUCACAUCAAAUCACACUGGAUCCAAACACAGCAAACACACAACUGUUACUAUCUGAGGGGAACAGAAAAGUAACAUCAAUAAGUGGAUAUUCAAAUGCAGAUCACCCACACAGAUUCACUGAGCACUGGCAGGUCCUGAGCAGAGAGAGUCUGACUGGACGUCGUUACUGGGAGGUGGAGUGGAAGGGAUGGGGGGCUUCAAUAGCAGUCGCAUAUCAGGAUGUGAGCAGAACAGGGAAGGAAAGUCAAUUUGGACUCAAUGACAAGUCUUGGAGAUUAUGGUGUGACAAAAAUGGUUAUAAAUUUAGACAUAACAGUGAAAAAACUUUCAUACCGGGUCCUGUGUCCUCCAGAAUCGGAGUGUACCUGGAUCACAGAGCAGGUGUUCUGUCCUUCUACAGCGUCUCUGAAACCAUGACUCUCCUCCACAGACUCCAGACCACGUUCACUCAGCCUCUCCACGCUGGGAUUUAUUUGUAUGGUUUGUUUGGUUUUGGAUCGUCUGCUGAGUUUUGUGAACUCAAGUAGACAGAAGUUAUGAAACAUGCAAUGUGGGAAAAACUGCUGUUUCAGGUUUUUAUAUUUCUGAUUAUUAAUGUAAGUCUUCAUCUUAUUAGGUCUUCAUCUUUCCAACUUUUUUUUUCAUAUUUAUAUGUGGUGGUUUUGU